UUGCAAGCCCACAACAAAGGAAUCUUCGUUGAAUUAUGUUGCAAUCCCAUUCAUUGAUCGCCAAGAAGUAAGAAACAACUGUGUAAAUAUACGAUAUUUCGUAUAUAAAUAGGUCGCUUGCCUUGGCUAUCCAUCAUCAUCUGCAAACAUGAAGCUUCUCCUACAGCUGUCACUGCUCACUCUAGGCCUGACUCUGGCCUUGGGUCAGAUAGUGCCUCGGAGUAGCUGGUGUCCUGUGCCGCUCUCACCGCGUCUGCCCAGGCUUGCAGCUCCUGUGCGCCUCAUCAUCAUCCAUCACACGGCAACGAGGCAGUGCUUUAAUCCUCAGCAGUGCCAGCAGGCUUUGAAGAAUAUUCGGGCGGAUCAUUUGCGUCGAAGAUUCAGGGAUAUUGGCUAUAAUUUCCUGAUUGGUGGGGAUGGACGUAUAUAUGAGGGCUUGGGCUUUGGCAUACGCGGCGAGCAUGCUCCCAAUUAUAAUAGCCGGUCCAUUGGCAUAGCUUUCAUUGGAAAUUUCCAGGUUGGUUUACCUCCUGCCCAGAUGAUGCAGGCUGCCCGUACUCUCAUCAGCAUUGCUGUUCAGCGUCGCCAGGUUGUGCCCAAAUACUCCCUGAUUGGUCAUUGCCAGACCAAGGCCACUGCGUGUCCAGGAAUACAUCUACUGAACGAGCUGCGUAAGAUGUCGGGUUAUCGCAGAAUUUAGAGA